CCGGUUGUCUCGUCUCUCCUCUCCCUCUCUUCCUCGCUACAAAAGAACCCCACGGGCACAUACAUUACAUACGCCGACGUAUCUGCCACCACCACCGCUCUGCCCCUGCCGUUGCGCCAUCCGAAUGCAGCAGCCACGAAGUUGCAGAGUCAGAAGUAGGAGAAGAUGAACAGAGCCAAGAACUUCAGAAGACGAGCGGACAACGACGACGACGAAGAUGGUGGUGACUCCCUCGUCAUAAAGCCCCCUCCUCCCAAGCCUACCACCAAGACCAGCACAGCUACUGCGGCCAAGCCUAAAGCACCCUCUUCUCAGCCACCGAAGCGUUCCAAGCUGCUGAGUUUCGCCGACGACGAAGACACCUCUCCCGUUGCCAGCUCCAAAUCAUCCCACAAGUCCGAGAGGCAUAAGCCCCAAACCGCUCGCUCCCUCCUCAGCUUCAGUGCCGACGACGGCGGCGCCCCUGCUUCUGCGCCCCAUUCGGCUUCGAGGAAAUCGGCUUUACCCAAUUCUUCUCUGCACAAAAUCGUCUCCGCCAAGGAACGCUCGGCGCAGCCCUCUGUCCCAUCGAACGUCCAGCCUCAGGCGGGAGAGUACACGAAAGAGAAGCUUCUCGAGUUGCAGAAGAAUACUCGGACCCUCGGCGGCGCGAAACCCUCCUUGGACAGCAAGGCGGCGGAGCCGGUCGUUGUGCUCAAAGGUCUCGUGAAGCCAGCGGGUCAGGAGGUCGCGCCGCCUAGGAAGGAUGAUGCGAUCACCGUUGAGUCGGAGAGAGAUGGCGGAGUGAAGAAAUUGGGGAAGAGUGAUGUAGAUAAAGAGAGGGAUUCGGAGAGGGACUCUUUAAUUCCUGACCAGGCGACGAUAGAUGCGAUUAGGGCGAAGCGUGAACGGCUCAGGCAGGCGAGGCUAUUGCCGGACUAUAUCUCCUUGGAUGGAGGCAGCGGCCGGGGCGUAUCUGCGGAUACGUUGAGGGAUGGCGAAGGAUCGAGCGACGACGAGAUGGAGUUCCAUGGAAGGAUAGCGUUGCUAGGCGAGAGGAGCGAAUCUGUGCGUAAGGGCGUUUUCGAGAACGUGGAUGCGAGGAGCACGGAGUUGGGAUUGCGGGCGGACAAUGGGGAUGUUGGAAUAGGCGAGGAUGAUGAUGAUGAGGAGAAGAGAUGGGAGGAAGAGCAGUUUAGGAAAGGUUUCGGGAAGAGGGUUGAUGAUGGUUCCAAUCGGGGCAGCGUUCCGGCUCUUCCUGUUCCUGGUUCCAUACUACAGGCAGCACAACCAGCUCCGGCUUACACACCCGUCGUCUCGACGGCUAGCAAACUAGUCGGCGUCACUCGCAGUUUGGAGGUCAUGUCGAUUCAUCAGAAGGCUGAAGUUGCUACCAGAGCUUUGGAGCAAAAUUUUCAGAUGUUGCAGGAAACCUAUGGCAUGACAAUAUCCUCCAUGAACAGGACCGAUGAAAAUUUGACAACAUCAUCACUUCACGCAGAUGAUCUUGAGAAAUCUCUGGAUGCUGCGGGGGAAAGGUUCUUAUUCAUGCAGAAACUUCGUGACUUCAUAUCUGUUCUGUGUGACUUUUUACAGGAUAAGGCUCCUUAUAUAGAGGAACUUGAAGAACAAAUGCAGAAACUUCACGAGGAACGUGCCUCAGCUAUUACAGAAAGACGGGAAGCUGAUGCUGCAGAUGCAAUGUCAGAAGUGGAGGCUGCAGUUAAUGCUGCAAUGACAGUUUUCAAGAGAAGGGGUAGUGAAGGAGAUAUUGUGGCAGCUGCAAAUGCUGCUCAAGCUGCUUUAAUGGCUGCAAGAGAACAGAGAAGUUUGCCAGUAAAGCUUGAUGAGUUUGGUAGAGAUGUGAAUUUACAAAAACGUAUGGAUGCAUCUCGAAGGGCUGAUGCUCGGCAACAAAGAAAGCUUAGAUCUGAGCUAAAGAGAGGUUCAAAUGUGCGAGACGGUGGCUUUCAUCAGUAUAUAGAAGGGGAAUCAAGUACUGAUGAAAGUGAUAGUGAAUGCAUUGCAUACAAAUCUAGCUGUGAUGAAUUGUUGCAAACUGCAAAAAUGGUUUUUAGUGAUGCGACUGAUGACUACUCAAAGCUUUCUUUUGUCAAAGAAAGGUUUGAAGGUUGGAAGAAGCAUUAUUUCUCUAGUUACCGUGAUGCUUAUGUAUCAUUGAGUGCACCUGCUAUUUUCUCACCUUAUGUGAGGUUGGAGCUUUUACAAUGGGACCCUCUCCAUGCAGAGGCAGAUUUUAAUGAUAUGGAGUGGCAUUCUUUGCUUUUCAAUUAUGGAAUGCCGGAAGAUGCAAGUGAUUUUGAUCCUGCUGAUCCUGAUGCUGAUCUUGUGCCUGGACUAAUUGAAAAGGUUGCCCUUCCCAUUCUCCAUCAUGAAAUUGCACAUUGCUGGGAUAUGCUUAGUACCAGGGAAACAAGAAAUGCAGUUUUAGCCACCCAAAUGAUUAUUACUUAUGUUCCUGCAACCAGUAAGGCCCUUCAAGAAUUGAUAAUAGCAGUCCAAACUCGUCUGUCUGAGGCCAUCUCUAAUUUAAUUGUUCCCACAUGGACUCCUCGUGUUAUAUCAGCUGUGCCUCAAGCAGCCAGAGUUGCAGCCUACUGUUUUGGUGUUUCUGUUCGUUUAUUAAGGAAUAUUUGCUUGUGGAGAGACAUACUUGCAACCACCAUUUUAGAGCAACUUGCACUUGAUGAGCUCUUGAAUGGAAAAGUACUUCCGCAUGUACACAGUAUUAAAUCAAAUAUUCAUGAUGCAGUUACUAGAGUCGAAAGAAUAAUUGCUUCGCUUUCAGGAGUUUGGUCUGGCUCUGGUGUCAGAGGUCAUAGUAGUCCCAAGCUACAGCCGUUGCUAGAGUGUUUGGGCAGUCUUGGGAAGGAACUUGAGAAGAAGCAUGCGUCUGGUGUUCACAUGGAGGAGGUAAGCGGACUUGCCCGUAGGCUAAAGAAAAUGUUAGUGGAGCUCAAUGAAUAUGACAGGGCCAGGGCCGUAAUGAAGACUUUUCUGCUGAAGGAGGCGCUUUAGUGUGUUCAGAUGUCAUCGUUCCUGUCUGUAUUUCUUCAUUCUUUUUCACUAAUAGUAAAGCCACCAGCAAGUUUAUUGUAUCAUUUUAUGAUGCCAAAUGCUAAAUUCAGUGUAGAAACAAUGUAAUCAUCUCCAGUUUUGACAUUCUAAUGAAGGAUAGCUCCGUUUCUUGGCUGUACAAGUUAAUAGCCGAAUAUUACAGCCUGUCGAUGGAAUUAAGUGUAA